AUGCCAACCUUCAAGAGUCUCCUCCCAUCUCUUCUCCUUCUCCCAUCGUUGGGUCUCGCGUCUCCCUUCCCGAAUCCAGCCGCUACUCCCCAGUCCUCGGACGACACGGAUCAAAUCACCUGCUUCGAGCCUGGAAGCGGACUCGUCACCACUCAACAGGCCAACGACCUCGUCAACGAGUUCGAUCGCCUUAUCUGCCAAUCAAAUCCGAGCGCACCCAUAUCGCUUAACCCAUUAGAGGGUGUCUCGGUGGAUGACCCGUCGGGAACAAUCAUCUUUCAAAACACCUUGAACAUGGUGGCAACUCCGCCGAGCUGUGGAGAGGUGGUGAACGAUUUUCAGAAGCUGUUGGCUCAGUGCUUCACUGGGCAGGGUAGCUAUGGUGGCGUAUUGAUCGAGACUGCUGGUGGUGGGAGGACCUCGUAUGUCAUCAAGUCGCCAUAA